UCUGUGGGGCUUUAUGAGGGGUAUCUGGAGUUCUGCAUUCCCAUUAUGGGGUUCUGUGGGGGCCCUGCGAGCCCCGAGAGGAGGGAACGGGACGGGAACGGAGCUUCCGGCCGCGCCGCGCUCGUCAGGGCCAUCUUGGAACAAAAAAUGGCGGCAGCGCAGGCGCGGUGCGGCCGUUACCACGGCAACGCGGACGCCAUGAGGGGUGAGGUGCCGUACUCAGGCUAGCACCUCACCAAGAUGGCCGCCCCGUAGUGCCGUACGUCAAAAUGGCGUCUCACUAAUUUGGCCUGUCCCGGCGCCCGUACUCAAGAUGGCGCCUAUCAAGUGGCAUCAGUGCACCCCCCCCCCGUGCCCGCCCCUGUCUCCCCUCUCCCCAUGGCGGCGCAGAGCCGCGCUCCCCCCCAGCCGCCUCCCUCCCCUCUCCUCACGGCUCCUGCUCCCGCACCUCUCUCUGCACCUCCUCCAUGGCCGCCCUAUGGCGGCGGGCGGGGCGGGGAGGGGCGGGAGGGGGCAGGAGGAGGAAGGGAACCGAGUGGUUCCGGGAGGAGCCGACACCUCCCAUUGCCCCCCCCGCCGGGCACGGCUCAGCCCGGAUCGGCACGGCUCGGCUCGGCCCAGGGUAGAACCGGGGCACCGAGGGGGUCUGGGGCAGGCCGGCAGCCGGAGGGGGGCAGUCGCGGGGGGGCGGCGCUGCUGUCCCGGCCUGCAGCGGGGACCGUGUCCCCCUUCCCAUCCCUCCUGCCGGAGGCACUCGUGUUCCCCGCGGCCGCUCCGGGUCACGGUCUCCACGGCAACAGCUGCUGCCGCCGCUCCGGGUCACGGUCUCCACGGCAACAGCUGCUGCCGCCGCUCCGGGUCACGGUCUCCACGGCAACAGCUGCUGCCGCCGCUGCUGCACGGACUCGGCAUCCACCUCCUGCACGGCGCCACCACCGUGGUCUUUGGGAGCAGCGUGCAGCCAUGUGCACACUGUGUGUGCCAGAACAGACCCUUUCAAGAGCUCCAGAAGACUUUUUUAGCCUCUUUCUUUCAUCUGCAAGACCAAAAAGGAAAGAGAGGUUUCUGCAACUGGGAAGCAGGAGAAGAGAGCGGAGUGACAAGACUUCACCUGUACCGUAGCUGAUGGUGGGCUCACAGACCAGAACACACACAGCCUAUUGCACAGAUCGGCUUUCCUGGCAGCCCCGAGCAGCACUUGCAGGGACAGAGGUGUGUACUUAGCCCCUGAUUCCAAGAAGAUGCCGUAACAUGGCUGUUUCUAACUCAUUUAUGCCCACUUCUAAACUGUUUUAUUUGCUAUUUCUAAAUUCUUUCUGCCAUUUCUAACCCGUGUUUG